UUAUGUUGGUAUUCAGUGCUGUCAACUUCACGCUACUGCGAUUGUCUUUUAUUCCACAGAAUUGUGUUUCAUUGCACAUGUUCAUCGAUUUCUGUUGAAUUUAGGAAAAGUAUUACGAAUUCAACACUAAAAUGGGUGCUAUAUCCAGUAGAUACCGUGUUUACAACUCAGGACUCACAAACGUCGAUGUAAAUUCCGCUGAAAGUGAGAACAAACGUGAAAAUCCUGGAACGCUAGAUGAGAUCCACAAAAAGACCAAGGACGUCAUGCCGGUGAACUUCGAGGGCGGCAAACUGAUGGUGAACAGGGGACUAUCCAAUCAUUUCCAGAUGUCUCACACCCUCACAAUGAGCUCGGCUCAGAAUGGCUACAAACUAGGAGCAACAUACAUCGGUACCAAGCAGAUCUCCCCCUCGGAGGCCUUCCCCGUCAUCCUCGGAGAUGUGGACCCCUCGGGCAAUGUCAACUUCAGCCUUAUUCACCAGCUUACUCCGGAGAUUAGGCUGAAGGGUGCUGCUCAGGUGCAAGAAUGCAAGCUGACAGCCACCCAGGGUACCCUGGAGUACAAGGGUUCCGACUACACGCUCGCGAUGGCUGUGGGCAAACCUGAUUUCAAUGAGAAGUCAGCUGUGUUCGUCGGGCACUACUUACAGUCGGUGACAAAGCGGCUGGCGUUGGGCACGGAGCUGGUGUACCAGUCGGGCGCCCGCGUCAUGGGCGGAGAGAUCGCCAUCACCUCUGCCGCCGCUAGAUAUACCAUGGAUGACUCGGAAGUAUCAGCGACCCUGAGCUCGGCUAACUUCCACUUGUGCUACUUCAAGCAGUGCAGUGAACAAUUACAGGUUGUGGCGGAAAUGGACACCUCGUUCAGAGGUAUGGAAUCAGUCGGCACCAUUGGCUACCAGGUCAACAUCCCCAAGGCAGAUCUAAUCUUCAGAGGAAUGGUAGACUCAAAUUGGAACAUCGGAGCAGUUCUGGAGAAAAAGCUGCAGCCGCUACCAUUCACAUUUGCUCUGUCGGGUAUGGCGAACCAGGCCAAGCAACAGUUCAAAUUCGGCUGCGGCCUCAUCAUUGGUUAAUGAGUGAUUCUGAUGACUGAGAGACGAGUCAAGCUAGUGAUCAUAUGUGAUUUAAAAGUGAAUAAAGCUUUUUGAAGUGAAUAAGUUAUUCAGUGUGAAAUUUUAUCUUCGCAGCUAAAUGUGGAAGGAAAACUUGUAUAGAGGUGUAAUGCAAAUAACUAGUGUUUUAUUACUUUAAAUAUCUGUCGCCCAAAUACUGAAAUGCUACUCAAUUUUAAGUUGUACUUGAGUAUUGAGCCAUCUGUCAUUUUACAAAGUAUUUGUAGUGACAAAACAAUUUGCAAGUGGCUUAAAACAGUGUAGUGUUUGAGUAUUUGAAUGUGUUUCUUUAUAAUGUGGAUUUCAUUGUGGCUAUGCUAUUUAAUAUCUUGAAUUGCUGGACUGUUAAUACUUAAUUAUGUUUUAAUUGGAAUUCUAAGUGUGUUGUGAUCAAUAUGUGAAAAGAAUAUUAGCUUAUGAAAGAGUGUAUUCGAUGUUGCAUUUUUAAAACUUUAGGUCCACCGAGAUAAGCAUAUAAAUGUAUUGCACAUAGUAAAGGCUAAAGAUCAUGUAUUUAAUAUGAAUGUGUUCAUCAAUUUUCUGUGUAUUAUAUUAUACCUUUGUCUUAAUUUCAUGUGUAUUGUGACCACUAGCUUGAUUUCGUCAACUGUAAUAAUAAUUAGUCUAAUAUUCACUUGGUUGGUGUUAGGGAACCUAGUUAUUGGACUUCCAUUCAAGUAAAUAUCAAUGUUCAUAGUUUUGGGACGAAUUGUGAACAUUUCUCAUUUACUCUUCUAAUUUAUAUUCAAUAUAAUACUAAAUUCUUGUAAUGAUGAAACAAUUUUAAUGUAUUUGAAAUGUUAUUUAAUAAUGUUCACUCUUGUUCUUUACUACAAAUGUACAAACUUAAGUAAUUUAUUAUCUAAGUGUAUUUUAUAAAAAUAUGGAAGUCCAAAAUGUAGGUUAGUUGCAUAUGUUAGAUGAUUCCUAAAUAAAUUAAUAGAUAUGUAUCACAAGUUGUGUGAAUGUAUGGAUGAGCCCGGACACCGUGUAUACUAUGUAGUGAUUCUUUUUUCUUGGACAUUUUAUGUAUACCUUAUUUUUAUUUCUUUAUUAUUAUGCUAUACUGUUUGUAUAACACCAGAAUCGCAUUUAUGACAUAAAUACUUGCUCUAAGAUGGCUCAAUGUUUAUUAAAUUAACUUCCUAUUCUGAUUCUCAGUCCGCAUAGUUAAUUCUUAAUCGCGAUAUAUAGCUAUUUUAGUAGGAUAGGAUUAUUUUAAUACAAGACUACUUUUUAUAUAUUAUUUUACUGCCUUUUAUGUCUUAGAGUGAGCAACUAUCUGGGUCUCCUGUUUUAUCGUCCCCCUACCAAAAUAACACAGCCCCAUCUAUACUGGGGUUCAGACUAGCUUGAUGUCUUUCGCUGCCAUUCGCUGCUACGGCGGUACAAGAGGGUGGGCAUAUGCAACUAUGUAUCAAUACCAAUUGUAUUUAUGUGUAACUAUGUAUUUUAUACAUAGCAAUUUUUUAUAACAUUGGACCAAAGCAGUGUAACUUUGGAUCACAUAGGCAGACUACAUGUUUGUGUUCAUAUAAAUGCAUUUUAUUAUAACAAUUUUUGUUAUAGAUUAUAAAUAAAUAAUUAAACAUGUUGCUUGAUGUUGUGGUCCAAUGUAAGACCUUGUUUUUUGUAAGUUUUUUUUGUAGAAACGUUACCCUAUACUAGGAUAUGUAUAUGGGUGUUUACAAACAUACAAAUUCACAUACAUGUCACUCUUAGACCCAGUACAACAAGUUGUGAUUGCACAGAGAGCUUUAAACCCUGAAACUUGUUGUGGUGGUGCCGACCAAUCAGCCACUGCGCUAACCCUGACGUCCUUACAUCCAAUGUUACCUAAAAAUGACUCUAUGCUAAUAAAAACCAAAUAUAUGUAAUGAUCUGAGUGAUCCAGUCUCGAGGCAGUUGCAUAUGUACAUCCCCUUACUGUAUGAGUGUAGAUAGGUUAUGGCAUACUGUACAAUGUACAUAGCGCCUGUUGUUAAAAUGUUUAUUUUUAAUAUAGUUACUUAUGUUAAUAAAUCAA